UAAUGCCAAAGUGGAGUCCUUCAUAAAAUUUUUGUGACAGCAUUGCUAGCUUUCCAUGGGUCAAAUACAAAUUCCCCAAUCGUCAUCAAUUUCACUCCCCUACAGUUCUGAUCACUGGAAACCAGCUGUAGCCUCGUCGCCAGCACCGUCGACCAUCAACAGCACCGGCGACGAGUAGGCGACGUCUUGCCGCUGGCUAGCCAUUACAGGCUACACCCAGCCAAACCCCACCGCCAGCGAUGACGGUUAGUCGUCUUAGUUGCUCUCAGUCACCUACACGCUCCUCCUUCUCCAUACCAGUUAGCAACUGCUCGCGACCUCCUGCAGGCAAUUAACUACCCGCGCCGACGACUGCUCGGUGACAUUGUCAGGCAUCCUCGCCCCCCUAUCCAUUUCUUAGUUUAGGCUUUGGAUGAAGGAACGAAUUUCAUCUUUCGAUUGAUUUUGGUUAAUUGAUUUUGUUGUACUUUAAGUGAAAGGUUUACAGGUUGGACAUUUGAAAUAGAUGUUUAGAAUUAAAGGUAGGUUAUCGACAAAGCUAUUGAAUAUAACUGUAGCAUCUCUUUGUAAAGCCAAACAACUAGAAGAAGCAGAAACAUUGAUACUUGAUGGUGUAAAAAUAGGAGUGACAGCAGAUGUAGUGACUUACAAUACGCUCAUCACAGCAUACUGUCAUUUUGUAAGCAUUGAUGCAAGUUAUUCUUUUAUUCAUAGGAUGAAAGAAGCUGGGAUUAAGCCAGAUGUUAUUACGUAUAACUCUUUGAUAGCAGGUGCAACCAGACAUGGCUUGUUGUGUAGAUGCCUUGAUCUGUUGCAAGAAAUGCUCCAGUUGAGUAUUCUUCCUGAUACCUGGACUUAUAAUACAUUAAUGCAUUGUUUGUUUAGAUUGGGAAAAGCAGAUGAAGCCUUCAAGUUCUUCCAGGACAUUUUCUUGGGAGAUAUACCCCCUUGCCCAGUCACUUUUAAUAUUUUAUUUACUGGUCUCUGCUGUAGUGGGCAUACAAAGAAGGCUCUUAUGUUAUUUAGGAACUUGAAGGAUUGUGGGUUUAUUCCACAGUUGGUAACAUACAACAUUCUUAUUCACGGGCUUUGCAAUUUAGGACGAUGGGUACAUGCAAUAAAGCUUCUCAGUGAACUAGUGCAUAGAGGUUAUAACCCAAAUGCCAUUACUUAUACUACAGUAAUGAAAUGCUGUUUUAGGUCAAGACAGUUUGAAGAAGGGCUUCAGAUAUUGGAAGAGAUGAGAAGGAAAGGAUUUAUAUUUGAUUCAUUUGCAUACUGUACAGUCAUUAGCUUUUUGAUUAAGGCUGGCAGGAUGGAGGAUGCAUAUGAUUGUGUCAGAAAUAUGAUCAUGAAUGACAUUGAGUUUGAUUCUGUGGCUUACAACACCCUUAUUUAUUUCUACUGUAAGGAAGGGAAACUGGAUGAUGCCUAUGUGUUGGCGGAAGAUGCAGAAAGAAGAGGGUUUGAUUGUGACAUAUACACACACACCAUUUUAAUAAAUGGGCUAUGCAAGGCUGGAAAUAUGACAGAGGCAAUUCGACAUUUGAACUGCAUAAAGCUGAUGGGUUUUGAUUCAAGCAUUGUUGCUUUCAAUUGCUGUAUUGACGGGUUAUGUAAAGUUGGUGAGGUCAAUCAUGCGUUGAGGCUGUUUAGAUUAAUGCAAGAGAAAGAUUCUUUUACCUAUUCGACACUGGUGAAUGGUCUUUGCAAGGCUAGGAGGUUUCAUGCAGCAUCUGACAUAUUGCUUUCUGGUAUCAGAAGGGGUAUGAAGAUUCUGAAAUCAGAUGUUCGAGCAGUUAUUGAUGGUUUCCAGCAUUCUGGCUUUAUGCAUGAAGCCAGGGAACUCCAUUCUAAAAUCCAGCUGACCAAGAUGUUUAACUACAAGUGAACUGUCAAAAAUGCAAUGUUGGAGGUGAUGUGAUUACUUGACUUUCUGUUUCUGCUAGGGAGAGAUGUUUUCCCAACUCAACUGGUAUAGAAUGAAUUGCCACCUUAUUACAUUUUUAAGAAUAUAACUACUUCCGCUGAAAUUGAUAUCUUUUCCGCAUAUUGAAGGUGAGAAUGAAGUGUAAGUGAAUCUAGCAUCUUAGGCUCUUUGGAGACUAGGAGUAUGCAGCACUUUGGACCAGUUUGAGGUACGCCUCUCCAAUGGUCUCCCAUUUAAGUUGUAAUUGUGCUCAUGCUGUGAGGUUGGAAUGAGGAGCUUGAGAGCAUGAAUCUGGUCUUGGUUUCCUGGAUAAAGAAUUUCCCAAAUGUCUUACCAACAAGUUCUUUACGAUAAUUGUGAAAAGUAGACUCAGUAACAUUACCAUCAGUUCUCCAUUUUCUUGUACUGUUACAUUGUAAAUUGUAACUUAUAAGAGCCAUAUCUGGCUGAUAUGCAGGGCAGUUUCCUGCCUAAAAGAUACUUCAAACUGAUUGCAUUGGCACUUUUGUUGUCU